CUGGCACCAUUGCUAAUACUGGCAUUAUUUGCUAAUACUGGCAUUAUUUGCUAGCACUGGCAAUCGAUACAUAACUAAAAUUAAUUUGGCAAUUAAUGCACUGCUAGUACUUAAAUAACAUUACCUGGGCGAGAGGAUGCGUAGGGUGCAAUAGCGGUGUGAUGAACACUCUUUUAUUGUAAUUGCACUUUACCGUUCUCUUUAAAUGGCAUCCUGGGCAGAGAGGGGUAGGAACAGGCUGAGGGCUGGGCUACGCACAGGCACUAAAAAUGUGCUGUGAGGUGAUGAAUAAAUGAAUUUAACAAUUUUUGUUUUCUUCACGCUCACCGUGCCAUGUCCGUUUUUGGCACGGUGCGUUUUGCACCCCAUGAACAUAAAAUGGUUCAAAUCAAUCUCUUCCACCCAAAAGUACCUGAUCAACAGCCCGCCAACGUACAGGGACACGCUCCCUGUUGUUGCAACCACGCUGCAGACACGCGGCAUCGGCCGUGCAAACAACACGUGGCUCUCGCUCACCGGCUCACUUUCAUUCUCCUACGUUGCGCCGGCAUGCAUCGCAUACAUCGAUGUGAUAGGGCGUGUGCGGCACGUUUUGAAGGACCUGGGCGUAGACGCACGCUGCAAAUGGCCGAAUGACGUGUUGGUAAGCGAUGGGGUGGCGGUGCACAAGGUGUGCGGUGCUUUGAUCGACAGGAUUGGCGGGCAUGCGGUGGUGGGCAUUGGCGUGAAUCUGGGGUAUGCGUGUACGUGCACGACCGGGUGCAAGGGAUGCAUCGGUAUUGAUGAGCACGAAUGGUGCACCGAGAGUGAAGACGGGGCGGUGGAUGAGUGCCAGCGCAGCUGCAGCACCACGAAGUACAAAACGGUGAGCGAAAUUACCGGCGUGGAAAUAACGCCGCAUGCGUUUGUUGAGAGGUACUUUUCGGUCGGUGACCCGCUGUAUGCGUACGAUUUGUGUGAGUACGUGAAUUACAACGGAGAGCGCAUGGCCGUCAUCGAUAAGCGCGAACUGAGAUUGAAGGACAGGAAUGGCAAGGUUCAUGUGAUUGAUCCUAUGCUCUACAGCUACGACUACUCCGGUCAUAGCAUACUCGAUAAGUAAAAUUAUGAUUUUGUAGUGAA